AUGGGCUCGAUAAAUCAGGAAGCAACCAGGAACUUCUAUUCCUCUCCCUACCUAGCCGAGCACUAUGAUCUCCUCUGUGCCAACGAAGGAGCAUUCUAUAAAGACAUCGAUGUCUUUUGGACCGAACUCAACCGAGUUCGAGAAUUGAAGCGCACGAAAGGAGAGGACCCCGAUCAGCUCGUGGUAGUUGACGUGGGCACCGGAACUGGCCGUGCGUUGGAUGGACUCGUGAAGUGUGCAAAAGAGAACGAGGUUGAUCUAUCGCGUUGCAAAUUUGUUGGUUUUGAUCUGUCCCAGGAUAUGGUUGAUCGAGCCGCUAAAACGCGAAACAUGUCUGCGGUCGGCACCACCAUUUGGCACUGCGCCUCUGCAGUGGAUCUUGACCGAGUCAUGGCCGCCUACAACAUUGAACAGCGUGUGGAUUUGAUUUUGUUUGCGGAUGGGGGGUUCUUGCAUCUGGAGGAGCAAGAGGAGGCACAGAAGUUCUUGCAGUGUUUGCAAAAGGUGGCGCUCCAACCAGGGACUGGUAGAGCGUGCAUCUCUAUUACAAACCAGAACUCAGUUCAAGAUGGCAAAGACUUGAACUUUAUUGACUCCUCUGGCGCGGUGCAGGAGUACAAGAGCGUGGAGUAUCCGGGUCUACUUUAUCGAAACUCUUUUGUGAGCUCCACUAAGCAAGGCGCGUCGCAAAUCAUGACCUCUCGAUUUGAGGUUCUACGUACUAAAGAAAAUGGUGACCACGAGCUCAUUGAAACUCAUCUCUCAGAAUUGAGAGGACGAGCCUGGAAGGAUUCAGAAGUGGCCGACUUGAUCGCAGGAACCGAGGGUCUUGAGACCAGGGAUGUCAUUCAACCUGACUCUUUACAAACCUUCUUUAUUGUCAGUCGGGAAGCCUGA